CAUUUUAUACUCCAUGUCAUUUUGAAGAAUCAUUAUUUAAAGAAAGAAAAAAUAAUAUUACUUGUACUCAUAGAAAUACAAAAGUUGUGCAAUGUAAGUGAGUAUUGUCUUUAGAUGUAAAUUUGUCAACGGUGUUAAGUUUGAAAAAAUUCAAGUAAAUUCUAGGUUUAUAUAGAAGAUAUUUAUAUUAUUAUCUCAUUAUUUACAAUUUUGAAGAGUAAUUUUACGCGUUAUAAAUCAGUCUUUUAUUGUGUUCAACAGCUGAUGGUAAUGCUUGUUUACUUUUACUUUAUAAACGUAAUACUAGUAAAGAUUAAAAAGGCAAUAAAGUCAUAAAUGAUUUUUAAUUAUAAUAAUUAAGAGUUAAAAACCUACUCAAAAGAAUAUUUUUCAAAGAGUAUUUAACAUUACCAUUUUUGUUAAUAGUAUUUCUUCAAGUUUUAUAGUGGAUUAUGAUUAAUUCAAAUGUCAACCUAAUCAAAGAUACAGCUUAAGAUUGAUAGAUGUAUAAGGAUAUUGGAGAAAUUAAUCUUAAAAUAUUUCGAUAAUAAAUAGCUCAGCUAGUACUAAAACUUUGAUAAUUAUGUGAGACUUUCGCAACAGAGACGAUAUUGGAAUCUAUGUGUUGGUUUAUGUUAAUAAUCUUUUACUUUCUAUGUGCGGACGUGUCUUUCGGAAGUAGAUGACAUCCGGCUAUGUUGCUUUCUUUUGAAAUUUUUGAUUCGAAUGUAUGUCACGUAUUGGUUAAUAAAAAUUUAAUACUAUAAACUGCACAUACGUGGAUGCUAUUAUAGGCUAUUGAAAAAAAAAAGAAAAUAGUCAAUUGACAAAGUUUAUUGUUAGUCAAGUGAUUGUGUAAAACAAUUUUGAGUGAAACUUAUAAAUCGUUAUAGAACUGUGAAAACACCUUGAAAUACAUGAACCAUUUUUUCUCUAUAAAAAUAAAAAGUGAAAACGAGUAAUUUAAAAUAGAAUGUAAUUACGUGUAGCAAAUGAGUUAUGAAUGCCAAGGUCAGACAAGAGCUGCAAUAUUUUUUUUAUUGUUGCAAGUUUAUAGUUAAGGUUGUUUUGUAUUCUUUAAGAAGAUUGUAACAAUAAAUCAAGAUAUUUAUAAUUUCUUUUUAAUCGUGACUUGAUGGCACGUACACCAGAUAACAGAGAAAGUAUUGAGAGUGAGAAAAAUUAUUGAAGCCUAAAUCCCAAGCAUGAUAUUGAAAAAUACUUUUUUUGCUUUUAAAUAUAAAAUAAAUAAAAGAAAAAAGUUAUAGUUUUUUUCAACACAGCUUCAUAUUAUAAAUUUUACUUGUCAUUUUGCAUAAAGUGAUAAUGUGAUGUUGACAAAGGAAAGAUAAGAAAAUGAAAAUAAGGAAAAUAAAAAAGAGUUGCAAAAAAAAAAAAAUGUAUUCGUGUCAUGGUUGACGAAUAAGUGUAGGUAAAACAGUAAGGUUUGUCUCUUAAUGUUAGUGAAGAAAGAAAGUCGUGGGGGAAGUCUUGGUUUCACUCAAUACAUUCACCAUUCUACCAUUGGAGUUUGCUUCCACUAAACUCAAUCUCUGUCUGGGAUUCAUAUAUCUUUACUCGUUUGAAUGGAAUAUACACAGUUAUAGAAAAAAUUUAAAAGAAUAUCGUUAGAAACUGAAUAUUUCUAUGAGUGAAGUGUUGAAAAUUAUCAAGAAACGUGAAGAAAUUUACAUAAAUAACGGAAAAACUACUUAAUUAAUGUCUUGAAAGAUCAAUGGGACUAGUUAGUCUUUUGGGUACUACCUCAGUAUUAGGAUGGGGGAUUAUUCCCUUAAUUGCACUAGGAUUAACAUAUUAUCAAUAUAACAGUGCUGAUCCUGAAUCAUACGUCACAGAUACUCAAAAGAUUUACCCUUAUUAUGACUUUAUUGUCAUCGGAGGUGGAAGUGCAGGAGCUGUGAUAGCUUCAAGAUUAUCUGAAGUCAAUAAUUGGACCGUACUCCUACUAGAAGCCGGUGGAGAUGAAAAUGAGAUAUCAGAUAUUCCUGCACUGGCAGUUUAUACGCAACUAUCUGAAAUGGACUGGAAAUAUCAAGUAACAAGAUCAAACACAUCAGCCUAUUGUUUAGCUAUGAUCGGAGACAGAUGUAACUGGCCUCGAGGAAAAGUUCUUGGAGGUAGUAGUGUGUUGAAUGCAAUGGUAUACGUUCGUGGUAACAGAAAUGAUUUUGAUAAUUGGGAACGAAUGGGAAAUAAAGGAUGGAGUUAUGAUGAUGUUCUUCCAUAUUUCAUCAAGUCUGAAGAUAAUCGGAAUCCAUAUUUAGCUAGGACCCCUUAUCAUGGUACUGGAGGAUUACUCACAAUUCAGGAACCACCCUGGAGAACACCUCUGUCAAUAGCAUUCAUUCAGGCAGGUACAGAGCUUGGAUACACUAAUCGAGAUAUCAACGGUGCUAAUCAAACAGGAUUUAUGCUCACUCAAUCAACCAUAAGAAGAGGAAGUAGGUGCUCAACAGCUAAAGCAUUUUUACGACCAGUAAAAAAAAGAAAAAAUCUCCAUAUUGCAAUGCAUGCGCAAGUUCUCAAGUUACUUUUUGAUCAAAAUAAGCGAACAGUAGGUGUAGAGUUUUUCAAAGAUGGUAGAAAACAGAUUGCGAGAGUUAAAAAGGAAGUAAUAUUGUCAGCAGGAGCUAUUGGAUCUCCACAACUACUUAUGCUGUCUGGCAUCGGACCUCAAGAGCACUUAGAUGAGCUCGGAAUUCCUGUUCUAUCAGACCUUAGAGUAGGAGAUAAUCUUCAAGAUCACGUGGGUCUUGGAGGUUUAACGUUUCUUGUGGAUGAACCGGUGACAUUUAAAAAAUCACGUUUCCAAACUCUACCAGUAGCUAUGGAAUAUAUUUUUAAUGAAAGAGGACCAUUAAGCAAUCCUGGAAUAGAAGCAGUUGCUUUUGUUAAUUCCAAAUACGCAGAUAAAUCCAUAGAUUGGCCAGAUGUACAAUUUCACUUUGGACCUAGUUCUACCAACUCUGAUGGUGGAGAUUACAUAAAAAAGGCCACUAAUUUACGUGAUACAGUUUAUAACACAAUGUAUAAACCAUUAGAAAAAGCUGAAACAUGGACCAUUUUACCUCUAUUGUUACGACCUAAAAGUACUGGAUGGAUUAGAUUAAAGAGUAGAAAUCCUUUUGUUGCUCCAGAUAUUAAUCCUAAUUACUUUACCCAUAAAGAAGAUAUAGAUAUUCUUGUUGAUGCUAUUAGAAUUGCUAUGGAAGUAUCAAACACUACAGCUUUUCAACGAUUUGGAUCAAGACCUCAUAUCUUUCCAAUGCCUGGAUGUCAAAAAUUCCCUUUUAAUACAUAUGAUUAUUGGGAAUGUGCUAUUAGACACUUCACUUUUACAAUUUAUCAUCCUUCGUGCACGUGUAAAAUGGGUCCAGCUCAUGAUCCCACUGCUGUGGUAGAUCCUAGAUUAAGAGUCUAUGGAGUUAAAGGUCUUAGAGUUGCAGAUGCUUCGAUAAUGCCUCAAAUUGUCAGUGGCAAUCCUAAUGCUGGAGUAAUAAUGAUAGGAGAAAAAGCCAGCGACAUGAUCAAAGAGGAUUGGUCAAGAAGAAGACGAUUCCCUGGAAGAUGAUAAUGAUAUACAAUUUUUUGAGCUGUAAUCAAAGAUUUCGUAUUAAUUUAAUGAAGAAAAGUUAGUGAUUUGCUUUCAUUGUUGCCGUUUGUUGUUGAUUAUUUACAAAUGAAAAUAUGCAAUUUCUAUAUUCUCAUAGUGAUUUAGUAAUUAUUAUAAGAUGAAUGCAGUUAUGUAAGAUGUGUAAUAAAAAUAUUGAUUCAUGUUGUAUAAAAAAAAACCAAAAGACUGCCAGGUAAAGCGAUAUACGUAUUUGUUAGAAAGUGAGUCAAGAUAUUUAUCAUUCUUGUUUUACUAUACUUCAAUUCGCACUCGUGGACUCUUUCUUCUUCUUUUCGUUUCCGACUCAAGACUCUUUGUUGACAUUGUACAUAUGUAUACAAACCGGUUGUUUGAACGAUACUUCAUGAGAACUAUGCCAACUUUUUUUCAAAUUACUGUAUGAUUUACAAAUAUUGUUAAACUAUUUUUUUAAUUUAAUUUUAUAAUUUUAAAAUG